UGCGAAAAAACAUUUGAUUAUACGGUGCAGUUUUCUAUUCUAUAAAACAUCAUCGCAUAUGUUUACCGCUCUCCCCCACCGUAACACUUUAUCACCUGACCAAAAUCGACCAAUGAAAAUUCAAUAAUUCGAUUUCCGCUCUCUCAUUAUUCAAAAAGUACCUGUUUCGCCAUUUUACUGUCUCUGGGAACCGAGAAGGUUCUUAAUAAUUAUUAUUUAUUACAUACGACUUACUUCUGCACAGUUUUUGUCUACCAAAUUCAAUUCUCGAGGAAUACCAGAUGAUCUUUGCGAAAAGGAAUUUCUAACUUCGGAUAUAUCAUCAAUAUUUUUCAUCUUUUAAACACUAAAGAAAGAUAUGCGGAAUCGAUACAACCAGUUUAUAUAAAUCUAUGGUAGAGAUUUACUGUGAAAUAUUUCCUGAGAGUGAGAUUUGAAAAGAUACAAGAUCUUGAAUUCUAAUUAAAUUCAAGCAGAUAUACAAAGGAGUUUGCAGCAUCUUCAGAUAUUGACCAGGAUUACAGUUAGUAGAAAUAUUUGCUCAGAAAAUAUAAAAUUCAAGGAACAUAAUUCUCUUGUAGUGAGAUAGGAAAAAAUAUGGAAAAUGAAUUACGUGAGAAAGCAGUUAAACGUAAAAUUGAGAAUAAAAAGACUCUUUUUCCAAAAGUGAUUCUAAAAGGAGUAGGAAAAGCAUCAUAUCACUGCGAUGUCUGUAACAAAACAUUCUCUCUAAAAGGUAACCUCACUACUCACAAACGUAUUCAUACAGGAGAAAAACCAUAUCACUGUUCUAUCUGUGGUAAAUCAUUCUCUCAAAGAUCCAGCUUAACUACUCAUAGACGCAUUCAUACAGGAGAAAAACCGUAUCACUGUGAUAUCUGUGAUAAAUCAUUUUCUGUAAUUGGUAACCUUACUACUCAUAUACGUAGUCAUACAGGAGAGAAACCAUAUCACUGUGUUAUCUGUGGUAAAUCUUUCUCUGGAAGUAGUGAUUUAACUAUUCAUAAACGCAUUCAUACUGGAGAGAAGCCAUAUCGCUGUUAUGUCUGUGGUAAAUCUUUUGCUGGAAAUCGUGACUUAACUACUCACAAGCGUAUUCACACAGGAGAAAAACCAUAUCACUGUGAUAUCUGUGGUAACUUAUUUACGCAAAGAUCUAGUUUAAAUACUCACUUACAUAUUCAUUCAGGAAAAAAGCCAUAUCACUGUGAUAUCUGUGGUAAAUCAUUCUCUCAAAAUGAUCACUUAACCACUCACAAACGUAUUCAUACAGGAGAGAAGCCAUUUCUCUGUAAUAUUUGUGGUAGAUCAUUCUCUCAAAUAAAUCACUUAACUAUACAUAAACGCAUUCAUACAGGAGAGAAGCCAUAUCUGUGUGAUAUCUGUGGUAAAUCAUUCUCUGGAAGUGGUGAGUUAACUUGUCACAAACGUAUUCAUACUGGAGAGAAGCCAUAUCACUGCAAUAUCUGCAAUAAAUCAUUCUCUCGAAGUGAUCAUUUAUCUAAGCACAAACGAAUUCAUACAGGAGAGAAACCACAUCAUUGUGAUAUCUGUGGCAAAUCAUUCUGCCGAAGUGGUGAAUUGACUUCUCACAAACGUGUUCAUACAGGAGAGAAACCAUAUCACUGUGAUAUCUGUGGUAAAUCAUUCUCCCAUGGAAAAACUUUAACUAACCACAGACGCAUUCAUACUGGAGAGAAGCCAUAUCAUUGUGACAUUUGUGGUGAGUCAUUCUCUGAAAACGGUGACUUAACUAAACAUAAACGCGUUCAUACAGGUGAGAAGCCAUAUAAGUGUGAUACCUGUGGUAAAUCAUUUUCUCAAAUAAAUCAUUUAACUAAACACAAACGCAUUCAUACAGGAGAGAGACCAUACCAUUGUGAUGUCUGUGGUAAAUCAUUCUCUCAAAAUAGUGUAUUAACUAAGCAUAAACGCAUUCACACAGGGGAAAAGCCAUAUUGCUGUGAAAUCUGUGGUAAAUCAUUUGCUGUAACAGGGAGUUUAGCUAAUCACAAAUACACCCAUACAGGAGAGAAGCCAUAUCACUGUGAUAUCUGUGGCAAAUCAUUCUCUCAUAGAAAUACCUUGACUACUCACAAACGUAUUCAUACUGGAGAAGAGCCCUACGAGUGUAAUAUCUGUGGUAAAUCAUUCUCUGGAAAUAGUAACUUAAUUAUUCACAAACGUAUUCAUACAGGUGAGAAACCAUAUCACUGUGAUAUUUGUGGUAAAUCAUUUUCUCAGAUAAAUCACUUAACUAAGCACAAACGCAUUCAUACAGGAGAAAAACCAUAUCAUUGUGAUAUUUGUGGUAAAUCAUUCCCUCGAAAUGGUGACUUAACAAUCCACAUGCGUGUUCAUACAGGAGAGAAACCGUAUCACUGCGAUAUUUGUGGAAAAUCAUUUUCUGGAAAAAGUGAUUUAACUAAACACAAGAGGAUUCAUACAGGUGAAAAGCCAUAUCCCUGUGAUAUUUGUGGCAAAUCAUUUUCUAGAAAUGGUUACCUAACUAUUCAUAAACGUAAUCAUACACAAAAUAAGUCGUGACAUAUAUAUAUGGUUAAUCAUUUUUUUCACAAGUCACAUAACUGUACUUGUAUGCAUUCAUACAGAAAAGUAUCAUUAUCAGUGUUGAAAUAUGGACCAUGUUUGCCAUAUUAGCUUUGUUCCUUUUUCUAAAUAUUGAUAUCCCUAUGGGCAUAUGUCACUAUUCAUAAAUAUCAACAUAGAUACUCUCCCUUGUGGAGGUUAGCACACAACGCAAUCGAGUGUAUUUUUUUAUUCAUAAAUUUUGUUGAUUAAAUUAAUUUUUUUUCCUUUCAUUUUAAAAUAUCUAAUAAUUUUACAAUUGAUUGAGAACACAUUUUCUUAUGUAUUUACUGUGACUGUCAAAAUUUAUUCUGAGGAAAAAAUGUCUCCUUUAAUAAAUAUAAUCAGAUCAGGAAGGUGUAAAUUGUACAGUAACAAUCCCUUAACUCAAUGUCAUAUGUAACUGACUAUAUGUUCAUUGAUGAAAUAACUUACCACUGUAAUAUUUUUAAUAAAAGUAUUAUUGCAGAUUCA